AUGUCUGAAAAUAUCAAACCCACCCAGGAAGGAGAGGAUGCUGCUGAUGUUGCGGCUCGAACCAGCCCGAAUCAGGCAGCCCCGUUGAGUGACACAGCCCUCCGUUCGCUCGGUCUACUUGGUGAUAGAUUUCAAACUGCUGAGAUAGUGGCUAUGGUGGCAGACUUUGAGAAGAAACUUCCACUUCAUAGGGAAGCCAUCGCCAGAUUUCCUGAUAAUCAAGCCCGUGCUUAUCUCUUGAAUGCAAUUGCGAACGCACUUAACAUGCUUUUUACCUUGACGGGAGUGGUCUCAGUUCAAGAUCUCUCCGUUAAAUAUGCAAAGGACGCUCAGCAUGAAACCAGCGAGAAGCCGGAGAAUGAUCCAUUUCGGCUGGAAGUCAUGGACACCCUUCGCACUGUAUUGAUGGCCCGAUAUCGACGCAUUUGGGAUCUACAAGAUCUAGAGCAGGCUAUUGAAAUCACACGGAGUGUGAGAGAUUUACCCAAGUACGACUAUCUAAAGCAUUCAAUACGUCUCGCCGAUCAACUCAUGUUCAGGUAUUUGAGAUGUGGUGAAGUGGCCAGCCUCGAGGAAGCCAAGCUUAUUUCUCGCGGAGCGCUUUUGGCCACUUCAACGAAAAAUCCAGAUUAUGCAGACUGCGUGUUCAGUCUUGCGAGGAGUAUUUUUCUCAGCAGCGAACGAACGAGUGGAUUAUCUGAGCUGGAGGAAGCGAUCCAGUACUUGAGGUCAGUUGAGGAAUUUCUUGCAGAUGGCGACAACGAGAGAUUAUUCGAAUAUUUAGGCGACCUGUCAAAUUGCCUGAACUACAAAUACUCAAUAACCUGUCAAGCGAGUCUGUUGGAAGAGGCGAUCCAGUUGAUGAGGGGGGCUGUAGAGCUUAUCGGCCCAGAGAGUGAUCGUCAUCCCGAAAUUCUUUGCCAAAUUUCGGUUCUACUUGGAGAAAGAUACUGUCGAGUAAGGUCCAUGGAUGACUUGAUUGAGUCUAUCGGUUACGGGGAAAGGGCGAUAAACGCCAGCUUACCCAGCGAUUACAGACUCCCUGCAUUCAUGACCUCUCUAGGAAAUAGAAUCAUGGAACUGUAUCUGCGGACCGGGAAGUCAAUCUAUUUGGACAAGGCAAUUGAACUAUCAAGGGGUGCGCUCAAGAAAAGCCCAGAGGGCCAUCCAUCGCACGUGGAACAUGUCCUGCCCCUCACCUUUCAACUCGUCGAGAGAUACUCCAGAUUUGGCAUGAUGGCCGAUCUAGAAGAGGCUAUUCAACUUGCUAAAGAGACGCUCAGUCUCGGCUCGCUGAACAAUUCGAUCCGGGCGACAUGCUUCAACAUUGCCGCAACGACAUUGGGGGACAAUGGCUUGAGAACAGAUUCUCUCGCGGAUCUCGAGGAAUCUGUUCGGUAUGCAAUCUCAAAAGCAGCUUCUGACCUAGAAGCUGCGAUGCAAAACUAUGAGUUAGCUCUCGCCCAUACGGCAUCUCCCAUCAUGAGCCGUAUCAGGGCCGGCAUCGAAAUACUUGAGCUCUCCAGCGCUCACUCAAGCUGGCGUCGGGCUUUCGAGGCCUCUGCAACGGCGGUAGGUCUUAUCCCACAGCUGUCAAUGCGGUCACUAGAGAACUCAGACAAGCAGUACAUGCUCAGGCAAGCUGCCGGUUUGACAUCAAAUGCUGUCGCGGCUGCCAUCAACGCAGGGGAGGGGCCCCUCUGCGCCUUGAGUCUUCUCGAGCAAGGCCGAGGCUUGAUAGCAUCGUCCAUUGAGGAGAUCCGAACAGACGUGCUGGAGUUGCGGAAAGCCUACCCGGAACUGGCAGACGCUUUUGUCUCCCUCGGCAAUAUCCUAGAUAUGCCACAAGCAUCUACCUAUCAGCAUAUUAUAACUGCUCCACAGGCGGGGGCAGAUAGGAGAUACAAAGUAGACAAGGAGCUGGCUGAAUUGAUCGAAACGAUUCGUAAAAAGGACGGGUUUGGUAACUUUCUCCGGGCCCCGAGUGAGGUUGACAUACAAGAUGCAGCCAGGAAUGGUCCUGUCGUGGCUAUCAAUGUGAGCAAGUUCCGCUGCGACGCGCUCCUUGUUGAGAAUCAUCAAAUUCGUCUUCUGCCGUUGCCUAGUUUACAUCUUGUAGAUAUCAAGGAAAGGGAGCUUCAGUCAAGCCUUGGGAGCACUGUCGUUCUUGAAUGGCUGUGGGAUACCGUGACGGGUCCUGUCCUACAUGCUCUGGGGCUCACUCCGGUUCCUUCAGGUGCGAAUAACUGGCCUCAUAUAUGGUGGAUUCCUACAGGUCCUUUGGGGAGAUUCCCCCUUCACGCAUCAGGACAUCACCAGCACGGCUGUUCGGAAACUGUUUGCGAUAGAGUCAUGUCAUCGUAUAGUGCAUCCAUCAAAAUGAUGAUAUAUGGUCGGCGCCACGCUAAAACAUCCCGAGUAAUAAACCAGGCACUGAUGCUGGCAAUGGAGAACACCCCCGGGACUACAAGACUCCCGUUCGCAGCAGCGGAGGUGAAACAAGCAUUUCCCAUCUGUCAGUCGAUGGGACUCAGCCCUAUCACACCCGAACCUUACAAGCAGUCUGUGCUGUCGCAGUUGUCGCAGUGUUCCGUAUUCCAUUUUGCCGGUCAUGGCGUCACGCACGAUACGGACCCAUCAAAGAGUCAUCUUCUUCUCUGUGAUGGUGUUCACAACCCACUGACGGUUUUAGAGAUUCUGACUCUGAACCUGCGUAAAAAUCCUCCGUUCCUCGCCUAUCUCUCGGCUUGCGGAACGGGUAGGAUCAGGGACGAGAAGUUCUUUGACGAGAGCAUUCACUUGGUCAGUUCGUUCCAAAUAGCCGGGUUCCGCCAUGUGAUUGGUACGCUGUGGGAAGUCCAGGACGAGAUGUGUGCUGAGAUGGCAACGGUAGUUUAUGAAGAAAUGAGGGACGGGGAAAUGAGCGAUGAUUCGGUUUGUAGAGGAUUGCAUAAAGCAACCAGAGCGGCUCGCGACCGUUGGUUGAGUGUCUCAUCUAACCCGGAACGCAGCAGUCGGGCUACUCUGAAGCGAGAAAGCACAGAAAGCACGGAAGCAGCCGAUGACAUAGCUUUUCUGUCUGUUCAUGGAGAGAUCCGAUUACCGAGAGACAUACAAGAAUGUGCUGAGGGUGAGCAAUUUUGGGUUCCCUAUGUCCAUUUUGGGAUAUAG